GCGCGAGUAGAAGAUGACGAUGAAGGUGAGGAGGAAGAGGAAGGAGAGGAUGAUGAUGAUGAGAGCGAGGAGGAGGAGGAGUGGCAACGCGAAGCUGCUGCACAACUCGCUGCUGAAGCAGAGGAGAAUAAGAAGAUGCUGGAAGAAGAGGCCAGGUUUGCACGGGAAGCAGAAGACACAGAUGCCAAGAAGAUACAAGAAAAUGAGAGGUCUCAGCUCAACAUGCCCGAUCGUGUCGAUCUUUCUAUUGAAGAGGCUAAGGCAUUGUUCAAGACGUUACUCAGGGAAAAGGAUAUCAGUCCUUUGCACCCUUGGGAUACUUCAUUACCCUUGUUUAUAUCAGAUCCCCGCUACGUUCUACUCCCUUCUGUUUCAGCACGUCGUGAUGCAUUCGAUGAAUACUGUCGGGAUCGCGCGCGCGAACUGCGGCAGCAAAAUGUCAAGAAAGAAAAGGCGGAAGCAAAUCCUAAGGAAGAGUACGAACGACUUCUUAGCCAAGAAGUAAGGAGCACAAGAACGUCCUGGUCUGAAUUUCGAAGGACGUGGAAGAAAGACCGGCGAUUUUACGGAUGGGGAAGAGAUGACCGAGAGCGAGAGAAACGAUUCAAGGAGUAUCUCAAAGAGCUUGGAGAGAAAAAGCGUAUAGCCGCUGAGAAGGCGGAAGUAGAUUUCUUUACUCUUCUGCGAGAGAGUGGUGUGGUCAGGUCAGAUUCAUUAUGGAAGGACGUGAAACGAAAAGUAUCUCAUGACGCGCGAUACGAUGCUGUCGGGUCUUCGUCUCUGCGUGAAGAACUAUUCCAGAUAUUCCUCAAGGCACAUGGGUCUUCAUCUUCGCAUUCAACCUCUACUAAAGUAAUGGAUGAGACGGGAGAAAACGGUACAGAAGAAGAUGCUGAGCGAAAGCGUAGAGAGAAGAAGGAACAAGCUCUCAAAGAACGUGAACAAAAGGUGAGAGCUGAUCGUACUCGUAUGGACGCCGAAAUAGGGCGCUCCAAGAUGGGUUUAAACCUGGAGGAAGGUGAAAGAGAAUUCCGUACACUGCUUACAGACGCAGUGCGAGACCCACAGGCCACCUGGGAAUCGACACGUCCUCAACUUCAAACUGAUCCUCGAUUCAAUAACUCACCUCUUCCAGUAAAUCAGCAGUUGCAUCUCUUCCAUGCACAUGUGAGUCAGUUACAGAUGAAACAUUUGGCCGGUCUACGUUCGUUAUUUGAAGCCCAUGCACCAUCCUUGGCAACACCAUUCUCUGCUCUUCCGCUUGAAUCCAUAUUAAAAUCGCUUCCGGUCACAAAACUCGCCUUCGACACUCGUGAUCUCCAACAGGAAUAUGAUAAAUGGCAACGCGAACGGACAUACGAAUGUAGAAAAGCAUUUGACGAGAUGCUUGCGGAGAACUCCUUUGUUGAGUUCUGGGGAAGACUAGGAAAAAUAGGAGGUGAAGGAGUCGAAGGAGGGGUCAAAGCAGAUGACUUAGGUGAGGAUGAAGGUGAAGGCUUUGGUGGAAAGGUCGACAUGAAAGCUCUCGCAAAAAGUGUGGACCUUUCGGACAUCGAGAAAGUGCUGAAGAAUGAUAAGAGAUAUAUCAUGUUCGAGCAUGUGGCAGCACAACGAGAACGAUGGUUAAGGCGCUCGACUCUUGAGAACGUGUCGUCGUCAGGUGACACCCGAACCCUCUCGUCCUCUGUUUUCGCGCAAGACGCAGGUACUAAUACACAGAAGGUCACACAUGACUACCAGAGUGAUGUUGCACGCCUGCGCAAGAUAGUUGUCAACAGUCUUUACUCAAACAGGGACGUGUUCUUGCGGGAGCUUAUAUCAAAUGCCAAUGACGCGCUCGAAAAGCUUCGGCUCACCGCGCUCACAGAGAAGAGCGUGUGGGAUGGUGUCUCCCCUUUGAACCUCACUAUCAAAACGGAGAAAGAUCCCAAUGGUCAGGGUGGUCGUAUCAUUAUUACUGACACCGGCAUUGGCAUGAGUGCAGCAGAAUUAACAACCAACCUGGGUACUUUGGCGAAGUCUGGAACUUCUGACUUUCUUGCGGGAGUAGACGGUGACGACUCGACCGCAUCUGGCAAUCUUAUUGGUGCAUUUGGGCUCGGUUUUUACAGCAGCUUCCUUGUAGCAGAUAAAGUCACUGUUGCAUCUUUACCCCCGCCCUCGUCCAAGAAUCCUAAUCCUACUCAGACUGUCUUUAGUUCUUCUGCAGAUGAGGGAUCAUUCGAGAUAUACCCUGACCCACGCGGAAAUACCCUCGGGCAUGGAACGGAGAUUACACUUUAUCUGAAGAGUGACGCUUCCCACUAUCUUGUGACGUCUAAUCUUAUGAAGCUUGUUAACCAGCACUCUGGAUUUUCGACUGCCUUCCCCAUUUACAUCUGGUAUGAGACCGAGGAAGAAGUUCCCGACGUAGAUGAAGAAGUUAUUUCAAACGAGCAGGAAGAAAAACCUACUGACGUGGACGAGGAUGAAGCUGUGAUUGAGGAAGAUGCGGAGAAGGAAUCCGUAUCUCCCGAGAUGAAGAAGGUUAUAGUUGGUCACUGGGAACACUUGAACUCACAGCCUCCCCUCUGGAUGCGCGAUCCUAAGACAGUCACUGAUGAAGAAUAUGAGUUACUGUACCAAGGAACCUUCAAAGACUUCCAGAAACCCCUUGCAUGGCACCAUUUCCACGGCGACUCGGAAUCCGGCGUGUCUUUCCAUGCCCUCAUCUACAUUCCCUCGCGUUUGACUGAGGAGUUCUUCAACAAUCCGCUCGAUAGUUCGACAAAGGACGUCAGGCUGAUGGUGAAACACGUGUUCAUCACCUCUGACCUAGGUGAAUAUGGCUUGCCGAAGUGGGCCAGCUGGGUGAAGGUCAUUAUUGAUGCUGAUGACCUCCCAUUGAAUGUUUCUCGCGAAACCCUCCAGUCCAGCUCUUUCCUCAAGCAGAUCAAGCAAAUUGUUUUACGCCGUCUCAUUCAGCUCUUCUCUAAAAUUGCUGAAGAAGACCAAGAAAAAUAUACCGAGAUCACGAAGCACUAUGGCCAAGUCUUGAAACUCGCCGCGUCGGAGGACAGUAAAAACCGCCAGAAAUUGGCAGCUCUUGUACGCUUGAACACAAACCAACGGGAAGCCGUAUCGUUUGACUCGUAUUUGGAGAACAGGAAGCAAGGGCAAAAGCAGAUUUUCUACCUCGCCGACAUGGGCAAAUCCAUCGAACAUCUGUCUCAAAGCGUGUUUGUAGAAAAGUUGCACGCCCGCGGGUAUGAAGUACUGCUUCUGAACGAGCCCUUGGACGAGAUCAUGCUUCAGAGCAUCCGCUAUUGGAAGGGUGUUCCAUUCCAGGACGUCGCCAAGGCUGGACUGGACUUUGGAGAUGACACCGAAGAGGAAAAGGAUGCAAUCGCGGAAUUGACAGACAAAUACGCUCCCCUUCUCGAGUGGCUGCAAUUGGAGGCUGGUGACAAUGUUAAGAAAGUGAUCGUCUCUAAUAGGCUCGUGACGAGUCCUUGUGCAAUUGUCGCAGACAGCAUGGGUUAUACUGCAAAUGUUCAGAAGCUCAUGAGUGCCACAAGCCGGGGGGCCCAGAAAAUCGAUGCCAUGCAAGACUUUAUGAGGAAGCAGAAGGUUCUCGAAAUUAAUCCGCGAUCGCCGUUGAUCGAAGGCCUCUUAGAACACGUUGAGCAAUUGAAUGCAGACGGAGAUGACAAAGACCUGGAUUCUGAGGCACAGCUCAAAGAGGUUGCAUCUAUCUUGAUCGACGGGGCUCUUGUUCGUUCAGGGUUUGAAGUUGCCAACUCCAACAUGUUUUUGACUCGUGUGGAUAGAGUUCUCAGGCGAUCACUUGGUGUCUCUGAGACCGCACCGACAGAUGACACCGUAAAACCAGCUCCUCCCGUUGACCCGGAGUUGCCUAGCGACAUACCCGUGGACGAUUAUCCUGAGGAAGUGAAAGGCAACCAGAUUCAAUUCGAGAUGGAGGAAAUAGAUGAACAUGGAAAUGUUGUUCACGAUGAACUGUGAUGUUGCAGUAGAUCUUGUUUUCCAAUAUAAUAAAUUUUCAAAUCUC